AUGGCGGCGGGGGGUCCCCUGAAGGAGCUGUGCGAGGAGGCCUCUUGCUCCGUCUGCCUGGACUUCUUCAGGGACCCGGUGACCAUCGCCCAGUGCGGCCACAACUUCUGCCGCGCCUGCCUGAGCCGCAGCUGGGGGGAGUCGGGGGCCGAGGCUUCCUGCUGCCCCCAAUGCAGAGGGAGAGCGCAGGAGGGGACCCUCCGGCCCAACCAGCAGCUGGCCAACUUUGUCCAAAUAGCCAAGAAACUCAGUCCUUUGGAAGGGAAGGAGGAGAAGCGAAGGGGGCAGAAGCGAAGGAGGGGGGUCUGCGAGGAGCCCCAGGAGCCCCUGAAGUUUACCUGCAAGGAGGACGAAGCCCCCCUCUGCGUGGUCUGCAGCAGAUCCGAGGAGCACCAAGAUCACCAGGUGGUUCCUCUGGAGGAGCGGAUAAAACAAAUGUGGUCAUUUUGUUUUUGGGAUCAGACGGUCGUGGCAGCCAGAAAGGAGAGAGUUUGCCAGAAGCACCAGGAGCCGCUGAAGCUCUUCUGCAAAGAAGAUGAAGCCCUCAUCUGUGUGGUCUGUGACCAGUCGCAGGAGCACAAACAUCACAAAAUCAUUCCUGUGAAGGAGGCUUCCCAAGAGUACAAGGAUGAGUUCUGCAAUUGUCUGGAGAUUCUGCGGAAGGAGAGAGAAAAAAUUCUGGCGUCUAAAGUCAAUAUAGUGAAGGAAAGCCAAGACCUGCUCAAGCAAACCAAAGGAGAGCAACAGAAGACAAUGACUAAAUUCAGGCAACUGCAUACGUUUCCGGAUAAGCAAGAGAAACUUCUGCUAUCCCAGGUGGAAGAGGUGGAGAGGGAGGUAGCAAGGAAAAGGGACCAGAACCUGGCCGAACUCUCUGAGGAGCUCUCCUCUCUGGACAGCCUCAUCUGGGAGAUGGAGGAGAAGAGUCAGCAGCCAGCAAGUGAACUCCUGCAGGAUGCCAGAAGCACCUUGCAGAGGUAUGAAGAAAAGGAGGCGUUUGAGAAUCCAGUGGCUUUUCCUCUUGUACUGAAGUGGCGCAUCUGGGACUUCUGGGAUUUAAAUUCCCUUUUGGAGGGCAUCAAGAAGCAAUUGAAAGACACUCUGGAUUCUGGACUUCCCCUGCAGAAAGCAAAUGUGACUCUGGAUCCAGACACGGCUUUUUGCCAAAUCUUCCUGUCCAAGCAUUUGAAAAGCAUGAGAUGGGAAGAAAUAGAACACUAUCUGUCCAACUAUCCUGAGACAUUUGACGAAUAUGGUGCUGUGCUGGGCUGUGAGGGAUUCACAGCAGGCCGCCAUUUCUGGGAAGUCCUUGUGGGAAGUGAGGAAGGAUGGAGCGUGGGGGUGGCCAGAGAGUCUGUGAGGAUGCUGAAGGGAGACAUCAUCUUUAGUCCUGAGGAAGGGAUCUGGGAGGAGGGGAAGAGGGGGGGCUGCUUCCAGCCUCAGAUAAAAGAUGAUGCCCUUCCCUUGACUGGGGAGCUGAAGAGGAUCCAAGUCUGCCUGAACUACGCUGGGGGCCGAGUGGCCUUUUUCGACGCUGAACGAGGAUCCCUGAUCCACGAGUUCUCCGGAGCCUCCUUCCGUGGAGAAACCCUCCUGCCCUUCUUUUGGCUAAACUUUGCCACUACAUCAGUAAGAUUGUCCAACUUAGUGAGGAUAGAGUUCAACUGGCUAAAAAUAGUACUCACUGUUCUAGCCGUCAAGCAAGAAAAUUCAGCAGCCAUAUCAGACCCCUCCUUCCCCAUCCCAGCUAUGUCGGCCGGGGGUCUCGUGCAUGAGCUGUGCGAGGAAGCCUCUUGCUCCAUCUGCCUGGACUUCUUCAGGGACCCGGUGACCAUCGCCCAGUGCGGCCACAAUUUCUGCCGCGCCUGCCUGACCCAGAGCUGGGGGGUGUCUAGGGCAGAGGCUUCCUGCCCCCAAUGCAGAGGGAGAGCGCAGGAGGGGACCCUCCGGCCCAACAAGCAUCUGGCCAAUUUUGUGGAAAUCGCCAAAAAUUUCACCCUUCUGGAGGGAAAAGAGGCAGGUGGGAAGGGGGGAGAAGGAAAGGGGGGGAUCUGUGAGAAGCACCAGGAGCCCCUGAAGUUUUUCUGCAAGAAGGACGAAGCCCCCCUCUGCGUGGUCUGCGGCAUAUCCAAGGAGCACCAAGAUCACCAGGUGGUUCCUCUGGAGGAGGAAAUAAAACGCAUCUUGUUUCCUUGUUUUGGGAAUCAGGCACUCGUGGCUGCUAGAAGAGGGAGAGUUUGCCAGAAGCACCAGGAGCCGCUGAAGCUCUUCUGCACGGACGACGAAGCCCUCAUCUGUGUGGUCUGUGACCGAUCCAAGGAGCACAGAGAUCACAAGACCCUUCCUAUUGAGGAGGCCUCGCAAGAGUACAAGGAUCAGUUCUGCAACCGUCUGGAGAGGCUGAAGAAGGAGAGAGAAAGAAUUGUGGCGUGUCAAGCAAACAUAGUGAAGGAAAGCCAAUACUUGCUCAAGCAAACCACAGGAGAGAAGCAAGAGAUGACAGCCAAGUUCAGACAACUACACUCGUUUCUGGAGGAAAAAGAGAAACUUUUUCUGGCUCAGAUGGAAGAGGUGGAGAAGGAGGUAGCAAGGAAAAGGGACCAGCACCUGGCCAGACUCUCUGAGGAACUCUGCUGUCUUGAAAUCCUCAACCGGGAGAUGGAGGAGAAGUGUCAGCAGCCGGCCAGUGAACUCCUGCAGGAUGCCAGAAGCACCUUGCAGAGGUAUGAAGAAAAGGAGCCAUUUGAGAAUCCAGUGGCUUUUCCUCUUGUACUGAAGUGGCGCAUCUGGGACUUCUUGGAUUUAAGCCCCCUUUUGGAGGGCAUCAAGAAGCAAUUGAAAGACACUCUGGAUUCUGGACUUCACUUGCAGAAAGCAAAUGUGACUCUGGAUCCGGACACGGCCCAUCCCAAACUCGUCCUGUCUGAGGACCGGAAAAGUGUGAGAUUGGGAGAAAAAGUUCAAGCUCUGCCCAGAAAUCCUGAGAGAUUUGAUGAACACGGUGCUGUGCUGGGCCGUCAGGGAUUCAGAGCAGGCCGCCAUUACUGGGAAGUCCUUGUGGGAAGUGAGGAAAGCUGGACUGUGGGGGUGGCCAGAAAGUCUGUGAGGAGGAAGGGAUGGGUCACCUUUUGUCCUGAGGAAGGGAUCUGGGCUGUGGGGAAAUGGCUUGGGCAAUACUGGGCUGCCUUAAAAGGCCAAUACCUUCCCCUGUCCCUGAGUGGGGAGCUCAAGAGGAUCCGCGUCUGCCUGAACUACGCUGGGGGGCGAGUGACCUUUUUCGACGCUGACCGAGCAGCCCUUCUCUGCGAGUUCUCUGGAGCCUCCUUCCGUGGAGAGACCCUCCUGCCCUCCUUUGCAAUGUCUAAAAAAGGCCACCUCAGACUCUCUUGUUAA